GUUUGUAAUCCUUGCUAGCGCUGGUAGCAAGUACGGCACCUCCCUUGCAUGGUAUCCAUAUUACCUGCAGCUGCAAAACACCAAAAGAAAUAAAAUGAAAAUCAAAGAGAAUAUUUAAGUUGAAAGCAAUGAGCAUCAAUGCCCAAUCCGAUUUCUGUUGGUUAUUUGCAUAUGAUAUCCAGGACUCGAGGGCGGGCUAUUCCAUGCUGGCCGUUCUCGGAGCUCCCCACAACAAGGUUUUAUUAUUUGUUUCAAUUCCAACUACUUUUUUGCAUCCAGUGCUUCUUCCACUGGGACUGACUGUCGUUUCAAUUGUUGGUGACAUCGUUUGGUCAAUCUUGGUUUUUUGUCAUUACCUGUCCUUAUCUCUCUGUUUUUCAUACGACUGGGCGGAUAGAAUUCUCUCGGGCGGCAUUGUGUUUGCGUACAUCUAGAAGUUUCGGGGAAGUGAAACCCCAGGUUCGCCUUUUAUGUUAAUAUGGAGUUCGACAACAUGUAUUUGGUUUGUUUUAAGAUUUUAUUGUUAGUGGGCUCCACCCAGGCAACUGUCAAUUGGCGGUCGUGGGCAUUGCUAG